AUGGCAUUUCCUCUUUCUGAAAGCACAUUUGGAUGGACGGCUGUGCCCAGGUCACAGCCGGCUUUAUACAAGUCGACGAGCAAGGCGAACUCGAAACCAUUUAGUCCGCAUGAGGUCAAAUUGCCGUCGUCCCCCGUGGCCGUACAGACGCAUGAGUACGCCAAAGCAAAUCUCCCCGAGAAGACGUUCAAUCACUCGAUGCGAGUAUUUCUCUACGGAAUUGGUGUCCUCGCUCAACACCUGUCCAAUUAUCCUGCCCCCAACUCCCUCAUCGAGACGUAUUUCCUCGCCUGUCUCCUCCACGAUAUCGGUACCACCUCCAACAACAUGGACCAUACCCGCCUCUCCUUCGAGCUCCAAGGUGCCGUCCUCGCCCUCGACCUUCUCCGCAAAUUCGGCGCCCCCGACGACCAAGCCGAGCUGGUCGCCGAGAUUGUGAACCGCCACCAAGACCUCGGCGACACGGGCAGCGUCCCAUUGCUGCUGGGGCUCACCCUGACCACCACGAUCUUCGUUGUAGAUAACGUCGGAGAAAACGCGGACCUCGUCCAUCCGGACACGAUCAAGGCGGUGACGACGGCGUAUCCGCGGAAUAAGUGGAGUGGGUGCUUCGCGGAGACGGUUCGGAAGGAGAUAUCGAAGAAGCCGUGGUCGCAUAGUACGGUCAUUGAGAACUUCGCGGAGACUGUGGAGGGGAAUAAAUUGAUGGAGCCGUAUGACUGACUGACCUUGACGGGGGAAGGGAUGCCUGAUGAGAGAUGCCGGAUCGAAGCUUGCCGUGGGACUGACAGCUGUCGACAAGUAUGAGGUGAUGAUUUAUCGCGUUUCGGAGCUGGGGUGGAGUAAAAUAGGGUUGCUUUAUACGGAUGGGGUUUGGGAGACGACGGCACUUGUUCAAUGAGCCAAGGCUAGGGUGAUGUAACAUUCAUUAUAUUAUUUACUUAGAUGGGGUGUCGAAUUCGCAAAAUUUAACGAUCGUGGUAUCUCUAUGCCAUCCCUUUUGGCCGAGUUGUAAGUGCAUCCCGCACUGAUCCCAAACUCCGAUUCCAUGCAAUGGGGUACUAUCCC